AUGAGUCAACUUGUAUCUAUUCCAUCAAAUAAUACUUCUGAUAAUAGUCUACUUAAAAAAGAUUGGAAUGAAUAUCAACAUCUUUCUACACAAGGUCGUUAUAUUGAACCAAAAAUAUUUUCUGGAUUUCAAAAGCAACGAAUAAAAUUAACAUCAGUUAAAAAACAAUUAUAUAAUCCAAAAGUACCAUCUAUUCGACGUAUAGAACAUGAUGAAAUUUUACGUCGUGUACCAGAUGAACAUACUCGUCAUAUAACGUCAUUCAGUGAAACACAAUUUCAAAAUUUUGAUCCUAAAAGAGAUGAAUCAUUUCUUGAAUUUGUUGCAUUAAAUUGGCAAAAUACAGGUAAAACACUUUUGGGUAUUAGUGAUUCUCCUUUAUUACAACAUGAUUCAUCAAUGGAAUUUGGUGCUAGAUUACGAACUGAUAAAUCACAAAGAAAUUUACGCCCAUCUCAAACAAAACUUUAUCGAAGUCCAUCAUUAUUUUCUACGUCACCUUCAGCAACACUAACAAAAUCAAUUAGAUAUAAUAAUCAAAAUUAUAAUGGUAAUAGUAGUUUUAGUCAAAGUGCAAGAUCACGAGUAUUUAUUUCAAUUUUAUCUUAA